AUGGAUGGAAAAAGACGUAAUAAUAGUAAAGUUGUACCUUUAAUAACUAAAUACCCAAUUUUAGACUUUGGAAAGCUAUAUAUGAGCCAUAAAUCUGCACUAUUUACCCAAGGUACUCAUGAAUAUAACAGAAUCAUGGUGGACAGGUACACUAAUCUAUUAAACACAAUAAAUGUGGUAGUUUUUUCACUUUGGCGUUACGCUAUUAAUUCAAAUUUGAGUAUGCUCAAAUUUUUAGAAAGAAAUUUUACCUGUAAUAUAUCAGAUAGUAGUUAUAGUUUUCAAAAAAAGAUAUAUACACCUUUAACGAGUGGUGUAAGCCAUAUCACACUGUCACAUCUGCUCAGUAAUCUUUGGGCUCUCAAUACAAUUAUUAAUUCUUUAAAAAGAGAUAAUAGUAUUAAAGGCAAAGAUAUUAUUUUACUUUAUGCUGCUGGAUCUAUUAGUGGAGCAAUAGCUCAUUCAAUGAUAACGAAGACUGUAGUUGUUGGAGCAUCUGGAGCUGUGAUGUCUCUUUUAACUGCUGAGGCUAUAAUUAGGCCAAGAGAUACAUUUACUUUGAUGUUUCCUAUUCCUGGUAUAACACUGAGUUCGGCCCAACUAUUAGAUGUUACUAUUGUAACGAAUUUUAUAAUGGCAAUACAUAGUUUAAUUUCAGUAAAUGAUAAAUCUAGAAUUGCUUGGUUUGGUCAUAUAUUUGGAGCUCUAUCAGGCUUUAUUUUAUUACCAAUUAUAAAAAAAUCAAAUUACAAUAAUAAGUGUAAAAAUAUAUUUUCAACUUACAAGCUAAUGUGGAAAAACCAUCGAAAAAUUUCUAAUCAAGGGUGGCUUUUGACCUUAAAGGAUUUGUGGGACAUCAUUGAACUAAGUGAUAACACUAUAGGAAUGGAAAUAUCAAAACAAAGGAGUCUUAAAAGAUGGAGAUCCUUUUCUUCAGGCUGGAGGUAA